ACGUUUCCAGUAAUUACAUUCUUGUCUGUUCUUGUCGAAUGAGUCGAGUUGCUGGCUAGAUCGCUAUGGCUAGCAUGGCGAGUUGGCGUCAAUGAUAGACUUGGGAUAUUUUUGCACUGUAUUUUAAUAAAAGGUAGUCUAGAAUCAGUGGAAAGUUUGUAAGCAUUUAUUAAUAGUUGUAUAAUUUUCUUCAAGUUAUAAACAAGGAUUUAAAUUAUAUCAUGGUGAAACAAAAAACACGCUCUAGUGAAGUCAGUAUCAAAAGGAAAGAACAAGGUGCUGUUGGUAAAGUUGCAAAGAAAAAAGUAGUAACUUUAACUCAAAAGAAAAAAGAAACUAUUUUGCAAGAUAUUCUUUCUAAGAAGGAUGAACUGCCAGAUAAAGUAACGCUCAAAAAGAACAAAAUCAAGUCAAAUUUAAAAGAAGAAGUAUUAGUAGAAAAAUUAAAUAUAGAUUCAAAGAAAAAUAAGAAUAAGAGCUUGGUUAAAUUAGAUCUAGUUCCAAAAACAAGAAAUAGUAAAUCUGAACAUGUUACAAGAAAACCUGCAAAGAAUGUUGGAAAGAGUAAGCCUAAAAUCUUAAAUAAGAAAAACAAAAAUGCAGAAACGCUAGUUAGAGAAAAGAAAGUUAGAUCUACAGUUAUUUCUAAGAAAAAUAAUAACGCAACUAAAAAACUAGUAGGUUUGAAAGAAAAAGAAAAAAGUGAAGCUAAAGCUGUUUCUGAGAAAAACAAAAAAAAAUCCAAACAAACUCUAGUUCCACAAGAAAGAAAGAUUGUAACUAAAGUUCUAACUAAAAAGGAGAAAAGUAAUUCGAAGAAAGUUCCAGUGCUUAGAAGGGAAAAAAAUGAAACUAAAGUUGUAUCUAAAAAAAAUAAACAAAAAGCUAAAGUUCUCACAGUUCCACAAGAAGAAAAUAAAUUGAAACCUAUUCCUAAGAAAGUUAAGAGGAAAGCUGAAUCUGACUUACAGAAAGAAAAUAUAAAACCUGAAAUAGCUGUAAAAAAACCUAAAGUCUCAAAUGAUGUGACUACAAAAAAGGAAAUAAAUAUUGUUGAAGAUGUAACUUUAGAAAAAGAAGGUCAAAAUUGUGAAAAUUUAGUUUUACGAAAGAAGGUGAAGGUUGUUAAAGAUCCUUUAAAAAGAAAAAAGUUAGAAAAUUCUGUUAAAGCACUUCUUAAAGUAGUGGAUGGAGGAAAACAAAAGAGAAGAAUAUUGUUGACUUCAGAACAACCACCAAUUUUCCUAAAUAUUACCUGUAUUAAAAUUCCCAAAACAUCAUUACAUCAAAUGCGAUUUGAAUUGCCACAUUCAUUAGUUGCUCCAACAGAUGAUAUUGCUUUGUUUGUGAAAGAUCUUAAGAAAGGCCGUAGGAGAGGUUUUGAUGAUACCAUACAUCACUUUGAAAAUUUAUUACAGAAGCACAACUGUAACAUGAUAAAAUCUAUUAUACCAUUCAAUCAGGUCAAAACUGAGUAUAGACAAAUUGAAAUGAGAAGAAGGCUGUUAGGUUCAUAUGAUCAUUUUCUUUGUGAUGGUCGAAUUUCUGGACAUUUGGCCCAUUUAUUAGGUAAAAUAUUCAGAGACCAUAGAAGUCUACCGAUUUCUAUUCAUAUGGAUAGACAAGAUUUGAAAACAGAAAUUGAUAAAGCACUCAAGAAAACCAGCUUACAAAUGCAUAGUAAUGGUGAUACCUACGUAACACAAUUUGCUACUUGUGCUAUGAGUGUAGAUGAGAUAACAGAUAAUUUAUUGUCAGUUAUACAAACAUUGUUUAAAAAUUUUCCUGGAGGUUGGAAAAAUAUUCGAUCCUUAAGGAUAAAGAGUCCAUUGAGUAUGGCAAUUCCAGUUUAUAUGACACUUAAAAACAAAAAUGAAGUAGAAGUUCCUGUACUUGAACCCAAGCGACCGAAGGCUUACAAGAGUGUUGAAGGAGAACUAUCCACUUUUGUGUCCAAUGUUCAUGUUACAGUAGCACCUGAUGGUACUGUUGAUGUUCAAAAAUUAGGCGGUGAAAGCGACGAUGACGAAGAAAAUCUUAACGAUUUUGAAGAGGAUGAUGCUGAAAAUGAAUUUAAAAAUGAGAAUGAAGAUGAAGAUGAGGGAAAAAAUGAGGAGGAAGACGAUAAUGAAGAUGAAGAUGAAGAUGAAGAUGAAGAUGAAGAUGACGAUGACGAUGACGAUGACGAUGACGAUGACGAUGACGAUGACGUUGACGUUGACGUUGACGUUGACGACGAUGACGUUGAUAUUGACGUUGAUGAUGACGUUGAUGAUGACGAUGAUGAUAUUAAAUGAAGACAGAAAUAAGUUUCGUUUAAAUAAUUAGAAUAAUUAGUUAUUUUCACAU